AUGUCCGGAGCCAGAGCCGUCGUCAAGACGCUGGAUCACCUCGUUCUUACCUGCGCCAGCGUCCCAAAGACAGUCCAAUGGUACACCAAGUACCUCGGGAUGAAGGCAGAAACAUUCACGUCGCCGUUAGAUCCAUCCGUCCAGAGGCACGCACUGAAGUUCGGCACACACAAGAUCAAUCUGCAUCAGCAGGGCAAGGAGUUUGAGCCAAAAGCCAAGACGGCACUGCCAGGCACGGCCGACCUCUGUUUCUUGGUGGAGGAUGGCACCAAUCUUGAGGAACUGAUCAAGGGCUUCCAAGGGGACGGAGUUCAGGUUCUUGAGGGAGAGAAGGUGGUUGCGAGAACGGGAGCACAGGGUCCCAUCCAGAGCGUUUACGUGAGAGAUCCCGACGGAAACUUGAUUGAGCUUUCUCACUACAAAUCAUAA